AUGAACGAUUUCAUAAUCGGCGACAAUCUAGUAUGAAUUUGUAUACAAAUUUAGGAAUUGGAAUCCUUUUUCAAAUAGAAUGCGAAUGCCUUGCAUGAAUAAAAUCCAACUUUGAGAAAAACAGCAAUCACUUAGAUAUAUUAAAAAGUUACAGAUCCUAAUAUAGCUCAAUCUGAUUGUAAAAGAAAAAUCAAUAACAUUAGCAUUGUCAUAACAAAUACUUUUAAAAUAUGGCAAAGUACUUUUGAAGGCUUUCUCUGAUACAAAUGAAAAGGUUCGAGAAAUGUCCAUAAAAUCAAUGAUUGAGUAUCAAUUAAGUCAUAUCCCUAGAUUGAUAACGAAUUCAGAGGAUAAUGAACCCAUAUUGAGUUAUGUUUUUUCAGUCUUGAUAGAAAGAAGCAAUUGCUAGGACUUGGAAGGAAUCAGUCAUCUACCUGAAGUAAUGAGACCACCUCCCUCAUAAUUGCCCACAAGACUCAUGAAAUUUGUUGAAGAAUCAGAAGAAGUAAAUCUAUGAUGCUAUCUCAAGAUUCGUUUACUGCUGAUCUAAUUCUUAUAUUCGAUUAUGUGUAAAAAUGAUAGUGAUAAUUUACAUGAAUAUAUCGAUGACAUAGUAGAUAUUCAUAGAGCCUUUUUAAUGGAUCCCUUUGGAGAAGUCUAAAGAGAAGCUUGUAAGAGCCUGGGUAAGUUUUGCAAGGUUAACCAUUAAAUGCUCUUGCAUUUUACAGAGAAAAUGGGAAGAGCUAUUCUCCAUCCACUUGUGAAUAAGAAGAGUCCAGUGAGGAUAGCAGCUCUGGAGGCUCUAUCAGCUGUUCUCUUAUGCGGAGUAUGGAAAAAUAAUGCUUUCGUCUUUGAAAUAUUGACAGGCUUCAAAGAUCCCAACUCAGUUCCUAUAAAAGCCUUCUUUGAACCUAUGCAUCAUAUUAAUUAUUUUGUAAAGAAGAUUUAUUAAUAUAAAAUUAGGCCACAUUAAUCAUAGAUCCAAAAUAAUAAGUGAGGCAAGCCUUCAUCAAGGAGAUUGGAUUUUGGUUGAGAGGGUUAGCAGAUAGGUGGGAUCAUCACCCAAGACUUGUUCCUUAUCUUCUAUCUGGACUCUUUGACAGUGAUCCAUCAAUUCAAGAGGCAGCUUUAUAGAUAAUUGAAGAUGUUGGCAAAGAGUGGGAGAUCGAAAAGGAGAAGGAUAUCAAAAAUGUUAGACAAUUAGGAAUAGAACCUGCUUGGAUACUAGAUGGCAAAUUAUCAUAAUUGCCAUUACCUCCUCCUUUUAAGGAAAGACCUAAAUUGGGAAUGAGAGGAUUCAUCAAGAAUCAAGUGAGAAAAAUGUGGCCAGCUAUUUAUAAAGAGAUAGUGGAUAACAAUGAAGAAAAUAGAUUAAGAGCUAGUCAUCUAAUGACUCUAGGUGUUUUAUUCAGUGAGGAUUACAUGACUUAGUUUUUGGAUAACUUUAUACCCAAUACAAUCAUGGCCAUUAAACCAGGUUAAACUAAGAUAGAAAAGAAUGUUCAAUUAAAUGUAAGCAUCUAUUACUAUUAUUUAGUUACAAAAAACUUAUUAAUUAUUGGGAAGAUUCUGUGAUUAUACUUCUUAUUCAUUUAUUAUCUUCUCAAGUAUGAGGGGCAGAUAUAUAAGGGAUGAACAAUAUAUUAGAAGUGCCACUUAAGCUUUAAGUUGGCUUUGUCAAGGAGCUAUUGAAGCAACUUUUCAGGGAAUCGGAACCAAAAUGGAAUUGCUGAGUAAUAUAGUAGAUCUUUUAUGCGAAAAUAGCAUGAUAGAGAGCAUUUCAACAAUCAAUUAUCUAGAAAUUUAGGAUGUAUUUUAUAAUAUUCAAACAUUUAGUUACUCAAUACAGUUAAAAAGUCAAUUGAAAAAAUGGGCACUUAGGAUGAAGUGACAGCCUUCAACGAGAAAUAUUAAUAUUAAUUAAACUUACUAGAUAAUGUAAUUAAUUAUAUACAGAAUUUCAAUGCCAUACUGUUGAAUCAAUAAAUUUAAUAAACUUAAAAACUUCAGUAUAGUGAGAGAGUAAGAUUAUUGAAAGCUGAUAAUUUUAAGAAUGACUUUUUAUUUGGAGAUUCAGGAUGGAAAAAUGUGAUUUCAGAACUUAUUCAUUAAUUACAUAAUGGUUCUACUUAAGCAUAUCAUUUAACUGAUUUGCUUUAUGAUUUUAUACUCCCAAAUUCAUUGCCUGAACCCUGUGACUUCAUUCUCAAACUUACAUAACUUUUGUUGCAGUCAUUUGAAUAACAGCAUUCCUAAUUAUACAUAUAGAUUAUUCUAAAGUUGUGCGCAAUAGGAGGACAAUGGUUAAAUUCUCUAUAACAAAAGUAAUUCACUUAAAAAUUGCUUGAUAAUUUGCUGGUGACCUUCAAGACAAUAUCUGGACAUUUAAGUAAGAAGAGAGAUAUCGGAAAAGCCAUGUGCAAAGAUUAGCUGUCACUUGACUAUUACACUAGAACUGUCAUAGCAUUGUGUGGUUCUUAUUAGAAAUUUUACAGAAAGUAAUAUAAUAUGAUCGUUGUUUGCGUUAGUGAAUUUUGCAAUUUGUUUUUGCCCUACCCUUCAUCAAAGGUAAGAUUUGAAUUAUACUAUUUUAUAGCAUCUAUUGGAUAGUAAAAAUCAGAAGUACUUAUUGCCGAACUUGCAACUCUUUUGCUUUGAUGCAAUCGAUCAAUAUGGAGGGGAAUAGAAUUAAGAAACUAGAAAGCAUCUUUUUUCCAUUUUGUCAUACAUAAAUCAAUUUAUACCUGUUUAGGAAACUUAUUUGGGAGAUGCACAUGUCAUUGAGAACUACUAGAAAUACCUUCAAUAAUUAUUGCGGUUAUGCAUAGAAGUAUUAAAUUAUAUGUAUGAAUCAAGGAGAAAGAUCUCUAAUUCUAAGAUCUUUAUAAGAUCAUGAUUAAGGAAUUGUGCAAUAAAACUAGAAAUAACUUUUUGUAGGAGCUUGAAAUUGCGAAACACAAUAAUCAAUUGUCAAGAGUUGAACUGCUUUAUGUCAUUAUAAAUUAAUGA